GGUGAAUAGACGGCCCGGGGAUUAAUAAUUAAUUGAUUGGCUGUGAGCGAAAUGGAAUUGUAGAUUGAUUGAUUGAUUGAUUGGCUGUGAGCAAAAUAGACUGGUAGGAAGAGUCGAGAGAUUUUUUUUUGAAACGGUGAAGACACCACGAUGCGGCAGAGGGUUUUGUCGCGUUCUUUGCUCAAGAACACAGACGUCAUAGCUGUGUCUCCUCUUUUCUGGUCUUGAGGAAUCGCCAAGGAGGAGAGGGGGAUCAGCAAUUUCCUUCGAGUAGAGAGGAGAGCGGUGAAAGUCUGUUGGCGAAGCUGAAGGACAAGGCUGCAACUGUGGUGGCACGUUAGAAGGAGAGGAGCGGGAAGUCUUGAAGUAUCGCUGAGGAGUCAAGUUGAGAGGAGAGGAGGGUGGUGCGAGUUUUUCUGCGGAGUAGAAGGUCAUGGUUGCAAUUUUGGUGGGACAGCAGGAGGAGAGGCGUGGGAAGUCGUGACGGAUCGCCAACGCGGAGAGGGAGACAGCGUGUGCGACUAUUUUGACGGUGGAGUUGUGAAAGUUUGUCAGCGAAGUGGAAGGGCAAGGUUGCAAUUGCGGUGGCAGACUAGGAGGAGAGGGGGGGUUGGAAUCGCGGCGGCGACGAAGGUCGGGAUCGAUUGGCACACAAGGAGCAGACGUGUGAAAAGUUUUCCACCAUUUUGACAGGAGAGUUGUGAAAGUUUGACGGCCAUGUAGAAGGGCAAGGCUGCAGUUUCCGAUGGCAGUCUAGGAAGAGAGGUGUGGGAACCGUGGCGGCGACGAAGGAUCGGUUGGCACACCAGGCGGAGAGGUGAAAAGUCUUGACUGAUCGCCUAAGGAGGAUACGGUAGUGAGCGUUUUCCAGAAGCUUGAGAGGGUAGUGGUGGAAGUUUGUCGGCGAAUUAGAAGGGCAAGAUUGUAAUUGUGGCGGCACCUGUUUUCACGGCUCGCCAAUGAGGAUAACGAAGUCGGCUUUUUCAACCAGGUUGAGAGGAGGAGGAGAGUGUUGAAAGUUUGUCAGCCAAGUAAAAGGGCAAGAUUGUAAUUGUGGCGGCACGGUAGGAGAAGGGUUGGGAAUUGUGACAGCGACUACAUCGCACCGCGGCGGCGAACAGGUUUGGUAAUUGUGGGGUUCCGAUUGCUAUCCCCAUCUGUAUAUCGUGUGUGUAUGUGGGGGAGAGAGAGAGAGAGAGAGAGAGAGAGAGAGAGAGAGAGAGAGAGAGGAAGGUAGAAUCGGCAGUUAUUUAUGCGUAUAGCGAGGGAGGUUGAUUAGUGGAGUUAGGAAUCGAUCAUUCAUUCGUCGGCAAGAUGCAUUGAAAUGUAUAUGUAUAUAUUCGUAUCUGUAACAAGGGUUUUGUAAAGGGGGAUAGGUACCUUGGUGAAACUGGAGGUUUUCGGUACGUUGAAUAUUCCAGGCGCUUAGAUUGCAGCCUGGCCGAGUGUUCCUGAACCCAGGGGGGGGUCCGACAUGAACGAGAGGAGGAGAGCAAGAAUUGGCAGUCUUGGUUUCAUCCGCUUCGAGAAUCGGUACGAUGACGACAACAAUAUUUUGUGUCCCCGGCCCAGGCGAUACGCUGUACCAUCUUCCGCUUACUCCAUUCCAGAAAUGGCCAAGUCUCGCCGCAGGCUAAGUGCGAUCGCUAUAAAGGAGAAAAACUUGAGGUCAGACGGUGAAGCCGGUCGGGAGAUACUGGAGAUUUUUCUCUGCAAGAGUGGGUGCAACGAGUCGACACAGCCUUGUUCCCUGCCAUUCUUGGCGUGCUCCCCUCCCAAUCGUGCCGCCAAUCCUGUGGUGCAUGAUGCUCGAUUUCUGCGUAGUCGAAGCUCAGGAACGGGCGGUGGAUUGCCAUCAUCAUGCCUGGGAGGAGGAGGAUCUGCUGUGUCUCCAGCAAUGACAAGAGUCGAAGGUUUUGCAGAGGGGGGGGGGGUGGCGGCAUCGGCCACCAAAAAUGCAAACACGGAUUCGCAGCGGUUGCCCGACAGCCGAUCGGCGAUGGAGGGCCGGGUCUCAGCUGGAACUCCUGGGUAUGCGUAGCACGCACAGGGGUAGUAAAGAGUAUCUUAUCNC